AGAAAAAGUUCACACUGAGGACCAGACGCGAAGAGACUGUGAUUAUAUAUAUACAAUAUAUUCAUAUAUAUUUUAUAUUUUAAAAAUCUAUUGGUAUUCAGGAUGGACGUGUUGAAAUCAGCCAGAAAGGUGAUCCGGAGUCCGAGUGUCUCCAGGCAGCUGUGGCCUUCCGCCAAACAUAGAAAGCUUCCAGAGAACUGGACAGACACGAGGGAGACCCUUGUGGACGGCAUGACCUUUAAUCUCAAGCAGCUAGGAAUGACCCUCGUGGACCAGCCCAAAGGCGAAGACGUGUCGGCUGCUGCUAUUAAACGGAUCGUUUCAACGGCAAAAGCUGGCGGCAAGAAGCUCCCUAAGGUGGCGCUUACAGUCUCUCCUCAGGAAAUGCUCAUCCACGACCGCGUUUCCAAUCAGCUUCUAGAGCGCAUCUCGAUAUACAGAAUAUCGUACUGCACAGCCGACAAAAUGCACGACAAAGUGUUUGCGUACAUCACCCAGAACGAGCAAAACGAGACCCUGGAGUGUCACGCGUUCCUCUGUGCCAAGAAGAAAGUGGCUCAGGCUGUGACACUCACUGUAGCACAAGCCUUCAACGUGGCCUUCGAGUCCUGGCAGCUCGACAGAGGAGAGAAAGAACAAAAAUCAGGCUUGGAGACUAGUAAUAACACACAAUCGGAUAUAUCCGCCUCUGUGCUCAGUGGAACUGAGGAUUCUGUUAAAGACAACCUUUUGGAUUUUGAGGAUUGCUCCAAUGUUCACGUGGACAGCCCUGAGAAACUGGAGAACCAUCUUGAGAAGCACAAGAAGAUCAGGGAGGUCAGUGAUGGUCUGGAUGAAGCCUUUUCCAGCUGCAGUUUGGCUAGCUUUGAGUACUCUGCAGACUUGCCGAGUCCCAUCCUCACCCUCAGAUCCUGGACACUGGGAUAAAUAAACCACACGACACUGACAACCUUUUUACCAUUGAAAGCAGAUUGUAGAGGUUUGGAUUCGAUGCCGUUUUAUCUCCAGGCACUGCUCAGAAAGACUCGAGAUGAACCUACUACAUUCCAUCCUACAGAGACUCUCCUUCUAAACCUAGGCAAGAGUCUAUUUUUCAGCACUGGAGCUAUCCUGUUCAACACCACCACCUCUUUUUUUUUCAAUUCUGAUUUCUUUUUCGCCUUCUGAAUCAGUAUUGGGAUGCGUCCUGUCAUAUCCAAAAACAGUACAGUAGAUCGGGUUGCCAGUUUGUUACCCUUUUUGUGUUUAAUUUUAUUGUCUAUGUUAUUAAAUACUAUAGACUAGAGUGACCCAGACAGUCUCUCUCUCCUGCCAAAGCAAUAUAGAUGAUUUUCAGUACCUUGCUUUAUCCACUACUGCCAGUUUUUAUUUAGUUUUUUGUGGAAUGCAUUUAAUUUAACACCUUUCAAAUAAUAUCAGGCCAGCAGUAGUACUAUGGUGGAUCCUUCCCAUAGACGUGCUAGAAAGUCUGUGGUCUAAAGUAACCAAGGUAUGUGUACCGAAUUAAAUAGGAACAUAGCGCACUGUAUACUGUACUUAUUCCUGUAGAUAACUACCUGUAUAUCAAUAAAAAUGAUCUGUUAAGUGCA